AGCAAAAAAGUGAGUGUAUUUAACCCUAAUUUAGUACAGUACGAGUAAAUGCAAAAUUACUACCAGUAAGUGGUUUUACUUUUAACCUGUCAUUACCAAAAUUCAUUCUAACAAUAACUCAAUUGAAAACGAAUGACAAACAGUUUUUUACCAUUCAAUUAAGCCACAAAAAUUAUAGGCCACCUAAACGGACGUUUUUAAAAACAUCCUUAAAUUAUUCACGAACCGAUUUUUUGGGUUAGUCUGGCUUCAUUUGUAGAGUUUUGAGGUUCUGAAGAUUAAAAAAAAAAUGAAAAAUAUUGUUGUGGUUUUACUAUUCCUGCUCUACACUGAAGAUGUAUUUGGGAUGACAAGAGCUCAACUUAAGAAGACUUUAACUGUUAUGAAGAAACAAUGUAUGCCCAAAAUUGGAGUUUCAGAAGACAAAGUGAAAAAUAUAGAGCAAGGAGAAUUUAUAGAGGAUCGUAAAGUUAUGUGUUACAUCGCUUGUGUCUACAAAACUAUUCAAGUGGUAAAAAACGAAAAGAUAGACAAGGAUCUAGUAAACAAGCAGGUGGAUAUUUUGUACCCUGUCGACAUGAAAGAGUCCGUCAAAUAUGCCGUCGACAAGUGCUAUGGCGUUCAGGCCCAAUACAACGACCUGUGUGAAGCAGCUUUCUACGCAGCUAAGUGUCUGUAUGAGACAGACCCGCCGAACUUCAUUAAUUGUUCGUCCGUCCAUUUUGCGUGCAACCUUGUCUCUGAGCUCAUCUUGACAAUGUUCUUUAGGCAACUUCAUCUUAACUUUUUGGUUCUUUUUAUUUUAUUAAGCACUUCUUAUGUUUUAUCGAUGACAAAACAACAACUUAAAAAUUCCGGGAAAAUUUUGAAAAAGACUUGCAUGCCGAAAUGUGCUGUGACAGAAGAGGAAGUUGGAGACAUUGAUAAGGGGAAGUUUAUUGAAGAAAAUAACGUCAUGUGCUACAUCGCGUGCGUCUACACUAUGGGACAAGCCGUAAAGAACAACAAGAUAAUGCACGACGCGAUGUUGAAGCAGGUGGACAUGAUGUUCCCGCCAGAAAUGAAGGAGCCCGUCAAAGCAGCCAUAGAGCAAUGCAGGCCCGUCGCUAAAAAAUACAAGGACAUCUGCGAGGCGUCGUAUUGGACGGCCAAGUGCAUUUACGAGGCUGACCCGGACAACUUCGUUUUUGCUUAA